AUGGAUCCCUCCAACAAUGAAGGGCCAGAUGGCUCUUCUCUCAAGCCUGUCUCGUCCCUGAGGGCGCGCUUCGAGAACAUGAGCAAGACCGAAAACGGUUCGCAGCCGCAGCAGCCCCCACCUCGUGCCAUCUCGCCUGCCCCUAAGCCAGACAGAUUUCGAGAAGCGAGCGCCGCGCAUAAAGAGCCACCAGCUAUACCCGUCAAGCCAAAACCAAGGGAUCUCUCUGCAUCGGGCCUACAGCCACAACAUCAACCCAGCCAUGAAACCAGCCCUCGCCCUUCCAACAAGCUGGGUCCCCCGCCGCCACUCAGCCCUCGACCGAUAGCGCCGCCCCCUUCGCUCUUCGUCGAUCCUCCGCAAUCCCCUCCCAAAGGCAGAGCGUUGAACCUAGCUACAAGUGAUCAGUCCAGUCUCCUGAACCCAGACGCGGUCGUCAAGCAGCCAUCGCCAGCCAGCUCACCCCGUCAGUUCAAGAUUGGCAGCCGCCCACACACCCCCGUUCUCGAGCCACGGCCGUCUCCACGGUUGACCCCGUCGCAGCCGCCCUCUCCGCCGCCGCCGAGGAGAUCUGUGGAACUGCGACGGGAACGGGAGGCGCGGGCAGGCCCCCCAGUCAUCAACAGGACCGACAAGCCCAGGUUGCCGUCCCCUGCCUCGCAGGUUCGCGAGAGUGUCUCGGCGCUGGAGAGCAGAGCGCACCUCACCGAGAAGCGAUCCCCGUUCAGCAGCCCUCCUGAUAGUCCCAAGAGCGAGGAAGGGGAGAUCCCGCCGUCCUUGCCGACUCGGCCACGCCCCCGGUCACAGAUUGAAGCUGUGCCAAGGGCCAAGACCAUCCCAGCGGGGUUUGAGCCACCUCCAGUGCAUCAUUCAGUGGCAAGCAGGAGGCUAGAAAGGGGGCAAGAGGCCAAUGGGCUUGGAAAGGGGUUUAUGCAGCCGCAGACCACCGGCGAGCAGCGUCCGCCACUGCCAAACCGGCCCCAGACCAUUUCAGAUGCGCAACCCCUAACGCGCAGCAGCACAGUCUCGGAACGUCCGCCACCUCGGCCUCCACGACCAGGUCUGGUCACCUCGAGCUCAAAUAUUGAAGAUGUAGCCAGUCUGCAGCAGAAGCGGGUGGUGUCAACACCGACCCCUACGUCAUCAGCAUCAGCACACUAUCCUCCACCUCCAACUCGCACCCACGUGAGGGCUACCACCAUGGACAACAGGCCAACCCCAAGCAGAAAUGCAAAUGAUAUACGCCAGCCAUCAGCCUCGAAUGUGGUGCAGCCCGGCGAGCCUCGCGGAGGAGAAACGCCAGCGGCAGCGGCAGCCAAGAAUGAUAUCUCGAUGGCCUACCCCGAUCCGUCAAAUGUCAACCGUCAACCUCCCUAUGCUAAACAAGGCGUGCCUGAGAUCUCCACAAAGUACGAUUGCCGCAUCUUUGAUGUGUGUGGCGAUGUCGUAUGUACCAGUGGUCACCUCACAAGAGCUUGGAGUUUGAAAGACGGUGAACUCCUCAUGAGUCUUGCCCACGGCGAGGGUGUCAAGGCUACGUCUGUUGCUUUCAAGCCUGGCUUGAAUGUUGAUGAAGAGGGCAAGCGCGUCUGGAUUGGCAACAAUGUCGGGGACUUGAUGGAAGCGGACAUCGCCACGCAGAGUCUGACAGCGACCAGACCUACGGCCCAUGCGCGCCAUGAAGUUAUCAAGAUUUAUCGGCACUACAACGAGCUGUGGACGCUGGACGACGGUGGCACGCUACAUGUCUGGGGUCCGGAUGAGGAGGGCACGCCCAAUAUGACCACUGGUCCUCACCAAACCUUCCGGAUGCCCAAGGGUCACAUGUUCUCCUUGGUUGUUGGAGACGAGCUGUGGCAUACCACUGGGAAGGAGAUACGAGUCUUCCUCCCUACAUUGGACGGAAAAGCCCAGUUCCAGGUACUGGUCCGGCCUCUCUCCCAUGAGGGCGCUGGCGAUGUCACAGCAGGCACCCUGCUGAGUUCUGAUCCCGACAAAGUGUUCUUUGGCCAUGCCGAUGGAAAGGUGACCAUCUACUCGAGGAAGGAUUAUGCUUGCUUGGGUGUAGUGAACGUAAGCUCUUACAAGAUCAAUUCCCUUGCAGGGGUGGGACGCUACAUGUGGGCCGGGUUCAAUAUCGGCAGGAUAUGUGUUUACGACAUGAGCCAACAGCCAUGGACCGUGAUGAAGGAUUGGCAAGCCCAUGACAACCCGAUUUGCAAGAUUAUUGCCGACCGAUCCAGCUCCUACAGGCUCGGCCGGUACCAGAUUGUGUCCUUGGGCUCGGACAGCGCAGUCAGAGUGUGGGACGGGCUAUUGCAGGAUGACUGGCUAGAGGGCCAGAUGCAAGCCAAAGACACCUCCUAUUGCGACUUCCAGACGCUCAAGACGCUUGUCUUUACGUGGAAUGCAGGCGCAUCUACGCCCAACAGUCUGCGGUACUCGGACGGCGAUGCCGACUUCUUCAAGAACCUCUUGCAAGGCAGCGGCUCACCCGACAUUCUCGUUUUCGGGUUCCAAGAGCUCGUCGAUCUAGAGGACAAGACGGCCACGGCCAAGCGCUUCCUCAAGGUCAAGAAGAAGGAAGGCUCCGACCAAGAGCGCAUGAGCCACCAGUACCGCGACUGGCGCGACUUCCUCGUGCGGUGCCUGGACGACUUCAUGGGCGGCGAGCUGUACCACCUCCUGCAGACGGCGCACAUGGUGGGCCUCUUCACCUGCGUCUUUGUCAAGGCCGACAUCCGCGACCGCGUGCGCAGCCUGAGCAGCGCCGAGGUCAAGCGGGGCAUGGGCGGCCUGCACGGCAACAAGGGCGCCAUCGUCGUGCGCUUCAUGGUCGACGACUCGUCGCUCUGCUUCAUCAACUGCCACCUGGCGGCGGGCCAGUCGCAGGCCAACAGCCGCCACAACGACGUGGCGGCCAUCCUCGAGGCGGCCAUCCUCCCCGCCGAGCGCGACCCCUCGGCGCGCGUCGACAGCUACGUCGGCGGCGGCGACGGCACCAUGAUCAUGGACCACGAGCUGUGCAUCCUCAACGGCGACCUCAACUACCGCAUCGACACCAUGUCGCGCGACACGGUCGUCAACGCCGUCAAGGCCGGCAACCUGGCCAAGCUGCUCGAGCGCGACCAGCUGCUCGUCGCGCGGCGGCGCAACCCGGCCUUCCGCCUGCGCGCGUUCGACGAGAUGCCCAUCGCCUUCGCGCCGACGUACAAGUACGACGUGGGCACCGACACGUACGACUCGAGCGAGAAGCGCCGGUCGCCGGCCUGGUGCGACCGCCUGCUGUACCGCGGCCCGCGCCGCGGGGGCGCGGGCGCGGCCCCGCGCAUCCAGCAGGUCGACUACCGCCGGCACGAGGUGCGCGUCAGCGACCACCGGCCCGUGACGGGGCGGUUCAAGGUCACGGUCAAGCGGGUCGACGCCAAGCGCCGCGCCGUGGCGUGGAUGGAGUGCCAGCAGGGGCUCGAGGACCUCAAGGAGAAGGAGUCGUAUGAGGAGAAGUGA